AGGAGGAGGAGGGGGAAGGAGGGAGGACUGCGGUCACUGAUGGAGGAGGAGGGAUAAUAAUCGCCCGGCAAGGACCCCCCAGGCCCUUCCAUUUACCUGUAGUCACCUGACCCCGGGCGCGGCCCUCCCAGAGACCCCCAGGCCCCCCUCCCGCACAGGUGAGCCGCCGCAGUCCCGGGCUGACCCUCUGUCCCGCUCUGAGGGGUGAGCAGCAGCAGCAGCAGCAGCAGCAGCUGCUGCUAAAAGUUGACAAACUAGUUUGUCAGGAGUGCGAGCCGACGAGCAGGAAGCCAUUCCCCGGGAUGGACUGAGCUCCCCGGGUGCACACAGCCGCUCUGGGAUUUAGGACUGGAGCAACAGGCGCUCCCAAAACUGCAGCCAGGGGAAAGAGGCAUCUCCAGGAUAGAGAAGGGGGGCACUCGGACCCCGCAGCGACCCCCAGAAGAUUACCGUUGUCAUGGAUACAGAUUAUGACACCACAUUUGAGGAGGAAUCGCAGAUGCCAAAUGACGAUGAGGUUCCGUACAGUGACGAUGAAACAGAUGAAGAGCUGGAAACACCUGUAUCCCUUGAGCCGGAACAAAAUAAAAUCAAUAAAAGAGCAGAACAGGCGCGGGAGCAGGUCCCCAAAGAGUGUAACUGGCAAGUAAAAGCCAAUGACCGAAACUUCUACGACCAACCCGAAUUCCAGAAAAAGUCAUUUCUUUGUUUAAAGAAAAACAAAUACUCGGGCAAUGCCAUCAAGACGUACAAGUAUAACCCGGUCACCUUCCUGCCGCUGAACCUGUUCGAACAAUUUAAAAGAGCCGCCAACGCUUAUUUCCUGGUCCUCCUCAUCCUUCAGACCAUUCCUCAGAUAUCAACGGUCUCUUGGUCGACCACACUGAUACCUCUGUUGCUCGUUUUGGGCAUCACCGCCAUCAAAGACCUUGUGGAUGAUAUUGCUCGUCACAAAAUGGAUAAUGAGAUAAACAACCGACCUUCAGAAGUUAUAGAGGAGGGAAGGUUUAAGAAAACAAAGUGGAAAAACAUUCGUGUCGGGGAUGUUAUACGAAUCAACAAGAACGAGUUCAUUCCGGCGGAUGUGCUGCUAUUAUCCAGCUCAGAGCCGAACAGCUUGUGCUAUGUGGAAACCGCUGAACUUGACGGAGAAACCAACUUGAAGUUCAGAAUGUCACUGGAGGUGACUGACAAGCUCCUGCAGGAGGAGGGGGCCCUGGCUGACUUUGAUGGUAUGGUUAUAUGUGAAGAGCCUAAUAAUCGCCUGGAUAAGUUUGUGGGGACUCUGUGCUGGCGAGGAAUGAGCUACCCGCUGGACGCAGAUAAAAUAUUACUGCGCGGCUGUACCAUCCGUAACACACUCUACUGCCACGGGCUAGUCGUAUUCGCAGGCUCUGACACGAAAAUCAUGAGAAACAGUGGUAAAACUAGGCUGAAAAGAACAAAAAUUGAUUAUCUGAUGAAUUACAUGGUCUACACGAUAUUUAUUCUUCUGAUCCUGGCGUCUGCUGGACUUGCUAUUGGACAAACUUUCUGGGAAGCCAAAUUAGGCCAAGCUAACGUUUCCUGGUAUCUCUAUGAUGGGAACAAUUACCCACCUUCUUACCGAGGCUUCUUGGCCUUUUGGGGAUAUAUCAUUGUUCUCAAUACCAUGGUGCCUAUCUCUCUGUAUGUGAGUGUGGAAGUGAUUCGAUUGGGUCAGAGUUACUUCAUUAACUGGGAUCUGCAGAUGUACCAUUCCGAGAAGGACACGCCGGCCAAAGCCAGAACUACAACCCUGAACGAGCAGCUGGGACAAAUCCAGUACGUCUUCUCCGACAAGACUGGGACUCUGACGCAGAACAUCAUGACCUUCAAAAAGUGCACCAUAAACGGGGAGACCUACGGUGAAGAAAGAGAAGUCGCUGGAAAGAAGUUUAGUUAUAGUGAGCUUGUGGAUUUUGGCUGGAAUCCUUUAGCAGAUGCAAAGUUUACAUUUACCGACCACUAUUUGAUUGAGCAAAUUCAAUCUGGGAAAGACCCCGACGUCCGUCUGUUCUUCAAGAUACUUGCUCUGUGCCAUACGGUGAUGGUGGAGAAGACCGAUGGGGGCGAGAUCGUCUACCAAGCGGCAUCGCCGGAUGAAGGUGCGCUGGUAACAGCGGCCAGGAACUUCGGCUUUGUGUUCUUAUCAAGAACCCAGAGCACCAUCACUAUUAGUGAGCUGGAAAAAGUAGUUACUUAUGAGGUUCUUGCUCUCCUUGAUUUUAAUAGUGACCGAAAACGUAUGUCUGUAAUAGUAAGAGAACCCGGCGGUAACAUCAGACUGUACUGUAAAGGAGCGGAUACCGUUAUAUAUGAACGUUUACAUCCAGAUAACCCCAUCAAAGAAGAGACUCAGGAGGCGUUGGAUAUGUUUGCCAAUGAGACUCUGAGGACCCUCUGCCUCUGCUACAAGGACAUCAGCCAAGAGGAGUAUGAGGUAUGGAAUAAGAAGUAUAUAGCAGCCAGCCUCUCCAUGACGGACCGCGAUGAAGCUCAGGAUAAAGUAUACGAAGAGAUUGAAACUAACCUGUUGCUGUUGGGAGCCACGGCUAUUGAAGACAAGCUGCAGGACGGUGUGCCAUACACAAUCUCUAAACUAGCCAAAGCAGACAUAAAGAUUUGGGUACUUACAGGUGAUAAAAAAGAAACUGCAGAAAACAUUGGCUUUGCCUGUGAGCUCCUAACCGAUGAAACAAACAUUUACUACGGAGAAGACAUUAAUGCCCUACUGCAGACACGGAUGGAAAAUCAGAGAAACCAAAAUGCCGGCAUCUCAGGAGCAUCUCGGACUACGCCGGAACCCUACUUCCAGAUGGACCAAAAACGCUCUUUGAUCAUAACUGGUUCCUGGCUGAAUGAAAUCCUUCUUGAAAAGAAGAAAAAGAAGAAGAAACGUCUCAAGCUGAAAUUCCCCAAGACUGCAGAAGAGAAGGAACAGGACCUGUUGGAGAAGAGGAAAGCUUAUGCCAUGAAAGAACAGCGACAGAAGAACUUUGUAGACCUGGCGUGCGAGUGCAGUUCAGUCAUCUGCUGUAGAGUGACUCCAAAACAGAAGGCCAUGGUUGUUGACUUGGUAAAGAAAUACAAGAAGGCCAUCACCUUAGCUAUCGGAGAUGGUGCCAAUGACGUUAACAUGAUAAAGACUGCCCAUAUAGGUGUUGGUAUAAGUGGCCAAGAAGGAAUGCAAGCAGUCAUGUCCAGCGACUACUCCUUUGCUCAGUUCCGGUUCCUUCAAAGACUAAUUCUGGUCCAUGGUCGCUGGUCGUAUAUCCGCAUGUGCAAGUUUCUAGGCUUUUUCUUCUACAAAAACUUUGCGUUUACGUUAGUCCACUUCUGGUACUCUUUCUUCAAUGGAUUUUCUGCCCAGACUGUGUAUGAAGACUGGUUCAUUGCCCUAUACAACGUCCUGUACACCAGUCUACCUGUCCUCCUCGUUGGUUUGAUGGAUCAGGAUGUCAGUGACAAGCUGAGUCUGCGCUUCCCGCGCUUGUACAUCCCCGGGCAAAAAGAUCUACUGUUCAACUACAAGAAGUUUUUCCUGAGUUUGUUUCAUGGCAUAGUGACGUCACUAGUGGUCUUCUUCAUACCAUACGGUGCGUUCUUGUUAACAAUGGGGCAGGACGGAGAGGCCCCUUCGGAUUACCAGUCUUUUGCAGUCACGACGGCCACUGCGCUCAUAAUAACGGUCAAUUUCCAGAUCGGGCUGGACACGUCGUACUGGACGUUCGUGAAUGCCUUUUCCGUCUUCGGAAGCAUUGCUAUCUACUUUGGGAUAAUGUUUGACCUCCACAGCGCUGGGAUUCACGUUCUUUUCCCAUCCAAGUUCAUAUUCACAGGGGCCGCUCCAAAUGCUCUGAGGCAGCCCUAUCUCUGGCUCACCAUAGUCAUAACAGUCGCUAUUUGUCUGCUGCCCGUUGUUGCCCUGAGGUUCUUGAGCAAGAUGAUGCACCCGUCAGCGAGUGAUAAAAUUCUAAAGAACCUUAAGAAAUUCAAAACAGAAGAAGCUCAGUGGAAGCCUCGGGCCAGCACGAUGAGGCGUGGCGCAUCCAAGAGACGCUCGGCCUAUGCCUUCUCCCACCAGCGAGGAUAUGCAGAUCUCAUCUCCACAGGGCGCAAUAUCGCUAAGAAAAGGGCUCCACUGGACGCUGUACUGGGCGCCAAUGCAGCAGAGAUUAUCCAAUCGGCAGUAAAUGACUGAUUUGCAGUCGUUUUUCAAUGUUUUUUUUUUUUUUUUAACUCCAUCUUGCACAUGGAAUUUGUGUAGAGAGAUAUAUUUUUAUUAAAACCGUUUCCCUCUCAGGAUUGUUUUUAUACAAAUGUAAAUUUAACCUGGAGAUUUUACAAAUGCCCCUUGGCUUUGUAAGAACGUCGUAUACAAGACUAAUUUAUUUUUCCGUAUCCAUUGUUCUGCAAUGAUGUCUGCAUACUUUUUGCUUUUGGGACGAUUAGAGGGAGCCAAUCACAGACCUGCGUAUAUACGAGCUUUACAUGAUAAUGAGGACAGUAGAAGAAAAGACAUUAAGAGAUUGGCGGCUGUCAGACUAAUUGCGCAGUUUAGCUCUCCGUUACUCGUGGUCAAGCAUCUUAAACGAAAUUAUGUUCCAAACAAAUUUUUUUUUCUUUAUAGAAGAUCCUUUUUAUUUGGAGCACAGGAACCUGUGAAAUUGUUGUUUACGUUUUUAGCCUUUGCAUUAUUUAAUGUUAAUAAACUGUAGUAAAGGUUUAUUUUUGGCAUUCCUUAAUAAAUGGUCAGUAUACAGCAGGGUUCACUUUGGCCGGAAAUGUAUACUUGUCAUCUUGGUGGAA